AUGCUCGAACCAAGAAAACGCCAUAAUGGCCAACCGCAAGCCUGUGAACCAUGUCGCAAGGCUAAGAUUCGCUGUGACCAUGCAAGUCCGAAGUGUUCGCGAUGUGUCCUACGCAGUUUGAAUUGCGUUUAUCACCCUGCUCCUAUGACCAAACGCCGCCCUCCGACUUCUCACACCCCCAUACACUUCGAUACAACACUGCCCGCCGACUUACUGACCACUCAAAAUGUCUCUAGCGCUUUCCAGAUUCCUACUGAAUCCUCGGUCGCGGCAGCGAUCUCACUCUCUCCUGCAGAUCCGAGCCCCGCCGCGAGCUCGGGGCUAACAGCCCGUUCCACCGCAUCAAAACGGAACAUGCUAUUUCAAGAGGAGCUAGGCCAACACGAGACGACCCGCUUCUCGGCUGUUUUUGUUGAAAAUCAAGAUAGUUUUGGCGCGGUCAUGUUCGAUGCCACAAAUUCCAGCCACCACGAGCUAGGCCGAGAGCCUGAUUCAACGGCCAGGUCUCGUGUGGAACUGGCGGUCAGAACACUACUUAACUUCCCCACUGCUCGUACAUGUGACAUGCUGAUGGCCGGAAUUCAUCAUAUCUACGAUGUAUGGCUGUCACCCACCAUGAUUCAGCGGUGUUUAAAACAAGUAUGGACAGAAUAUGCAAGUGCGCUGGGUGAGCUCCGGACACGCGAAUCAGUAUUGAGAGUGGCAAAUGAUCUAUUUCUCAAUCACAAAAGGUCUCAGUCGACACCUGAAUGUGAUUACGCAAGCAAUUCCGACCAUGCUUCCUGGAUGAACUGGUUUGGUGGACCUCAUUUGCGAUGGGAAAUGAUUGGGAUCCUCUUCAGCUGGGCUGGAAUUGCUUUCAGAUGCAAGCAAGAGUGGGAUCCAGUAUUUGAUCUACCCGAACAGUAUGGACGAAAUCGAAACACCGCCGCAGACAAGAUGAGAGAAUGUGCUGCGGCCUGUAUAAGGCUUUGUGAAGGGAAUUUUGAAAUCAGUGAUACCAUGGUUAUUUGCAUGAAGAAUAGCACCAGACUACAAAGCAUCAUCAUCAGCGACGAGAGUGACCGUGUACGAGUCGACUACGGGACUGUCCGCGGUGCUUUUAUAAGCGCAGGAUUCCACCGCCUCACUCCUGCAAAGGAAAUCACCCCAUUCUCUCAACACCGAGCAUCACUCGCUGCGUCGAUGUAUUACCACGACAAAUGCCACAGUUUAUUCAAUGCGCGACCACCUAUGCUGAGUAACCGUUACUGUCAAUGCCCUCUCCCACUCGAUUUGAGCGAGGAAGAUGUAUAUGGGGGCCGAGAAAGAUUGGCCCUGGCUAUUGCAAAGCUUGACUCGAAUGGCUGGAACACAAAUGGCCAGAUAUUCACAACAACCUGGCUUCGAGCACUGGCCAUGCUUAGUCCUAUCCGGGAAGGAAUCUUGGAACUAACCCUUAGUGUCAAUUCAGAAUUUACCAAAUCGCAGGUAGAAGACCUACAAGUUCAGUUGGGGAAGAUAGUUGCUUCAUAUCCUCCGCACAUUCAGUAUCAGAGGAACUCUGAAUGGCCCCAGUCAAGCUCACGAUGCCAUGAACGAAGCGCCCAUGAAGUCUAUAUUAUCACCCGCAUACAACUCGACGUGUUGCAAUGUCAGUUCCUCCUCCAGCGCCUACUUGUAUCGCGGCAAUUCAGCGAUGGCCAAGACUUGUUCGAUAUCGCCCAAGAGACAAUGUCUGUUAUCCUGUCUCUCUGGCUUAAUCGCGAUCAGCUACAGGAAUUCCACCAUGCCUUUGACUGGAUUGCAGUAUCAUACGCAAUGCCCUGUGCGGGAAUCUUAUGCGUCGAGCUUCUCCGAGCAAGUAAUCUAGCCCCAUCUUCGCCACAAAACGAGCAUCCAUCGACGUUGGCCGCUAGCAAUUGUGUUAAAUUCUCGCGGUCGGAAGUGGUCCAAAAUCUGGUUAUGUUCAGAGCGUUACUUGACUGGAUACGUCCCACGGAUAAUAAUGCGCAGCUUAGCAAGAAGUUCAAGACAGUUAUACAGAGAAUCAUCGACGCUGUGUUUGAUUCUUUGGGGUCAUCGUGUGGCAUGCAAGCACAAGAGUUGCCAGGAGAACAGCAGUCCCAGAGACAAUAUGGUCCGCAAGAUGAACGGUCUCUAGGGCAAAAUCUACCUAUGGCGACGGGCAGGGAGCAGGAUAUUGACCCGGAGAUGAACAAAUUCCAUGAUAUGGAUUGGCUGAACACCCUUGACUGGACUCAGGGUGGUUGGCUUGACCAAGCAGCAAUCAAUUCUACUCCGAUGACUAUGUCUCCAACCGACUCAUCUAAUACAUCCCGGCAACCCGUCGAAAAUGCAACUGUGCCAUUUUGGCACCGAGACAUUCACGAACUGCACGACCAUCGGACCACAGAGGAGCUUCCAGUAUCGAGUGACGUCGUCAUCAUAGGCGCCGGCUAUGCAGGAAUCAGUACAGCGUACCACUUGGUCAAAGGAGAGGCCAGUGACAACAAACUCUCUGUCACAAUACUGGAAGCACGGGGUGUCUGUUCGGGUGCGACAGGACGCAACGGUGGUCACCUACGGCCUGACAUGUACACCCCCAUGACCAGGCUCAUCGACCGAGCAGGAGUUGAACGCGCGCUGGAGGUAACGGAGUUCGAAAUCGCACAUAUACACGCCAUAAAGUCCUUGGUUGAAAAGGAGAAAAUCGACUGUGACUUUACCCUCACAAGGUCUAUCGAUGUGUGGUCCAACGAGGAAACUGCCCGGAAGGCCGAAGAGAUGUAUGACGCGCUGGUAUCCCGUGAUCUGAAUUACAUGAAGGAUGUCUUCUUCGUGUCUGGCAAGGAUGCGGAGGGUAUUUCGGGUGUCAAAGGCGCCAAAGCAUCUGCUUCUUUCACAGCCGCAACUCUGUGGCCGUACAAAUUAAUUCUGCAUCUGACCGCCUCAAUCCUCAAGACUGGUUUGGUCAAUCUCCAGACUAAUACCCCGGUGACGUCUGUGAGUCGGCAAUCUUCAGGCAGUUUUAUUAUCACAACUCCACGAGGCACGACCGUCGCUCGGAAAGUCGUGUAUGCGAACAAUGCCUACAUCUCGGGUCUUCUUCCCCAGUACCGCGAAGCCAUCGUUCCAUGCAAAGGACUGUGUACUCAUAUUUCAGUUCCCGAGGGCACGAAAGCGCCUCUGCUGAACAACUCCUACAUAGUCCGCGAAGAAGACAACGUUGUUUCAUACCUCAUCCCUCGCGCCGACGGCAGCAUUGUUGUCGGUGGAGCCAACUUGCUUUACCACCCUGUUCUGAGUUCAUGGUAUGACAGCGUGGACGAUUCAAUCCUCAUCGAGGAGGUCAAAGAUCAUUACGAUGGUUAUAUGCAGCGGUUUUUCAAUGGCUGGGAAAACAGCGGGGCCAAAGUGGAUAAAGUUUGGACUGGGAUCAUGGGGUACAGCUGGGAUUCUCACCCCCAUGUCGGCACCGUGCCUGGGGAGGAUGGCCAAUUCGUACUCGCAGGCUUCAAUGGCCAUGGAAUGCCUCAGGUGUUCUUGUCUGCCCUUGGGGUUGCUAAGAUGGUUCAGAAUGGGGUCAAGUUUGAAGAUGUUGGUAUCCCUAGAUUGUUUAAAUCGACAAAGGAGAGGCUUGAGAAGGCGAGGACCGGUCCAGUCGGGGGUGAUAUCCUCGGCGUCAAGAGAUGA